AUGUCGUCUGUCUCUUCGGCCGAUAAGGUCUCGAAAGAGAUCUUUGAUGAGAAACAUUUAGUCGAUGAGCGGGUUGUUGAGGCUCCUAGCGAGACUGAUCAGGUUAUCAUCAAAGACUGGGAUGAGGAGGAGAGUGCCGUGACGCGAAAAGUCGACUUCAUCCUAAUCCCCAUCCUCGCCUUCGCCUUCUUCGCCUUGCAAAUGGAUCGUGGAAAUAUCAGCGCCGUCCUAACCUCAUCCAUCACAAAAGACUUGCAUAUAACAACCAAUCAAAUCAACAUCGGCACCCAACUCCUCUCCGCCGGCAUCGUCCUCUCCGAAAUCCCCUCCAACAUCAUCCUCCAACGCAUCGGACCCCGCGUCUGGCUAUCCGGCCAACUCUUCGCCUGGGGCCUUGUGGCCACAUUCCAAGCCUUCGUGCAAUCCUACCCAGCCUACCUAGUAACACGAAUCCUACUCGGAUUCUGCGAAGGCGGAUUCAUCCCAGGCGCACUAUACUACCUGUCAACAUGGUACAAGAAAGACGAGACGAGUCUGCGCACCAGUCUCUUCUUCUACGGCCAGAUGUUCGCAUCCGCCACGUCCAGCCUCAUCUCCGCCGGUCUGUUGAAGUUGAAUGGAAGCCACGGCAUGGAAGGCUGGCGCUGGAUCUUCCUAGUCGAGGGACUGAUCACGAUCUUCAUUGCGAUUGUCUUUACUUUGUUUGUGCCGCCUGCCGUUGGAGAUGGUCGGCCUCUGAUCUCCAUGGGUAAAUGGAGUUAUUUCACCGAGCGUGAAUCCCAUAUCAUUCGGAAUCGGGUUCUGUUGGAUGAUCCACGUAAGGCGAGGGGUCAUAUUCAGAUUACCAAGGGUGAUAUUUGGAAGACGAUCAAGGAGCCUAGAAUUAUGCAGCAUGCGCUGCUGACUCUGGUUUCGAUGUCUGGGUUCCAGGGGUUGACUCAGUAUACGCCGAGUUUGAUUAAGUCUUUGGGGUUCAGUUCUGUUCGGGCUAAUGCGUUGGCUUCGGUGCCGGUGUAUUGCAGUAUGGUUUGGUUGGCUAUUCUGUCUUUUGCUAGUGAUCGGACAGGCCACCGAGGACCAUUUGUGCUUCUCGCCAUCACAUGGAAUGUGAUUUCGUAUGUGUGUCUUCGGACAAGCAACGUCCAUUCCAGUCAAUGGCAUGGAUAUGCACUCAUCGCCGUAGCCAAUAUCUCCUAUUGCAGCAUGCAUAUCCUCAAUGUCGGCUGGCUAUCGUAUUACUGCCGCACCCCCAGGAACGGAGUGUCGCCAUGGCGUAAAUUGGUCGUUAUGGCUGCCAACUGCGCCGGUAUCUCCGGCUCUCAGAUCUUCCGCACAUCCGAUGCGCCUAAAUAUUUGCACGGCCUCACCGCAAUUUGCUCGUUGGCUGGUGCAUCGUGGGUCGUGGCGGCUGUCCUCUGCGCGCAGUAUUAUUACCGUCGGAGGAAGGCGGUGGCUCAGGAUAGCAGUACGAUAUAA